AUGGCAACGAGCGUAAUGGACGUCAUAGUCAUAGGUUGUGGUGCCGCGGGUGUAGCCGCGUUACGAAAUUUGCAUAAAGCAGGCCUUAAUGUGUUGGGAUUGGAAGCCGCUGAUCAGAUCGGCGGAAGGAUACGAACUGUGGAAUAUGGCGAUUGUUACAUCGAUUUAGGUGCAGCUUGGUGUCAUGGUGAGAAGGACAAUGUUGUCUUUGAAUUAGCAAAUCCCCUAGACCUUUUAGGAAGACCGGCACCUGAUAACAAGUACUUUGUACUAUCUAAUGGAGAAUUGUUAUCAAAUGAGACAAGCGAAAAUAUAAUUCAAUCUUUAAACGAUGCAGUUGGCAAAGCUGAUAAAAAUUCAGGAAAAUCUAUUUCAGAAUGUGUUCGAGAUGCACCAAAAACAAAUCCGGAUUUAAAAAAAGAUCCUACACUAGUACAAUCCUUUAUAGAAUGGUUUGAGAGAAACAGUCACGUUGGGGGUCAAAGUGACCCCUUGAAGGGUAAAUCGUUGAAAGGAUUAGAAGAGUGUUGGGGCUGUGAGGGCGAAUUCAUGUUGAAUUGGAAAGGAAAGGGGUUUAAAACAAUAUUUGACGUUUUAUUGAACAAAUACCCCGAUCCAUCCAAACAAUUACCAAUAUCUAUUCAUUUAAAUAAGGAAGUAGAAAGUAUAAAAUGGAGAUCCACCAAGCAAAGUGGGGAUGCUGGAAACCCCCUGGUGCAGAUAACGUGCAAAGACGGCAGCCUGUACGCUGCUAAGAGUGUCAUCGUUACCGUUUCUGUAGGAGUUUUGAAAGAAAGACAUACGCAGUUAUUUAACCCUCCAUUGCCAGCUGAAAAAAUCAACUCCAUAAACACUCUCCAACUUUGCGUCCUUGAUAAGAUAUACAUAGAAUUUACGAAGCCCUGGUGGCCGAAAACGCCGGCCAAUUUUGCUAUUUUGUGGAAAAUGGAGGAUAAACUUAAGUUUUCUGCCCAAGAACAAUGGGUUACCGAGUUGUAUGGAAUGUUUACGAUUGAAUAUCACCCAAAUGUUCUUCUCGCCUGGAUUUACGGAGAAGCCGCGGAGAAAAUGGAGAAAAAGAGCGUAGAAGAAGUGAAAGCUGGUAUUAACAAGUUAUUGGAUGUUGUGUUUAAAAAGAAGUUCAAUGUUUCACCUGUUAAGUCUGUUGUAAGAUCUCAAUGGGCAUCAAACCCGUUAGCUCGAGGCUCGUAUUCAUACCGCAGUGUUGCCACAGAACGGAAUGGGGGUAGUGCCGUCGCUCUGUCAGAGCCGCUACAGCUCGGGGACUUCCCCGUAGUGUGCUUCGCGGGGGAGGCCACGUCGCACCAUAGACACGCGGCGGUACAUGGCGCCGUUGAAUCCGGCUUUAGAGAAGCUGAUAGGCUUAUCAGGCACUUUAAA